AUGUCUUUCAAGAAACGCGUAGUGGUUUCUAGUUCUUCGUCAACUGGAAGUGGAAGCACCUUUGCAUUUAAACCUGAACAAAAAAUUCCUACUGGAAUUCGUUUAUCACCGUACAAUGGACAAUUACUGAUUUCAACAGGAGUCCCGUCCUUAGAUGAUAUCCUUUGUGGAAUCCCACUCGGCUCGUUAUUUCUGAUUCUUGAGGAUAGAAAUACAAGUUAUGCCAAAUUAUUGCUGAAGUAUUUUAUAGCGGAGGGUCUGGCUCAUGAGAAUAGAGUUUUAGUGGCGAGUGCUGAUGAAAAACCACAGGCUCUUGUGAAAGGGUUUCCUGUUCCUCCUUCAAUACAAAAUAAAAAAAUCAGCCUUGAUAAAUUAUCAUCAUCUUCUUCAAUAAUAAAUUCACAGCAAGAUCAAUUACCACAGCCAUUUUGUCACACAUUUGAUUUGACUAAAAGAAUAUCCGAAAAGACUAUAAAUGCUGCAUCAUUAUCGUUCAUUGAUAUUGCGGAAUUCUCGUCGAACGAACAAACCACAUCACAUAAUGCAUUACGAAUUGCUAUACAAUCGAUUGCCUCCCCAAUGUGGCCAAUUUCUACUUCUUCGCAGGAAUUAUUCAGGUUUUUUCACGCGUUACGUGGUUUAUUGCGAUCAACAAAUCAUGCUGCUAUGAUGACAAUACCUGCACAUUUAUAUAUACAUUCUGAGCUAGGGUCAGCAGUAUCGCCUUCUAUAUCAUUUAUUCCGUUCAUUAAAAGAAUUGCUCGUGUCUGUGAUGCGGUAGUAGGAAUAGAAUCAUUUGCUGGUUCACCACAAACAUCAAACUCCAUCUACACGUCUCAAUAUAACGGUCUAUUUCACGUGCACAAACUGCCGACAAUAAACUCGUUACUCGCUCCAGCUACCAAACUAUCAAUUCUUUCUGGGGGAGGUGGAGAUCAAUUAGGAUUCAAAUUACGACGAAGAAAAUUCGCUAUUGAGAAACUUCAUUUGCCCCCUGAAGGUGGUGUCGGUGAACGUAGAACUGUGGCUGGUGGUGGUGGCAGUGAAGUUGAGAAUGCACAUAAAAGUUUAAAGAAAUUUGAUAAAGGUGAUGAUGCUACUGACAAUGAUAUUAACAAUAAUAGAAAUAGUAGCAUAAUCAUAGAUAGUCAUAAUAGUAAGCCUAAAAGAGUUAUUGGUGGUGGAAUAAAUGUUUAA